AUGAUGAAAAAAGCCACCAAAGAGAUGUUGAGUGAGGGUUUUGCAAAGAAGAAUUGGAUUUAGCCUACGCCCUCCUUUACUUUUGUGGACUAAGUGGAGAGAGGUCAGAAUAAGAAAGCUACAGUAACCAUAUAGAAAAGGAAGAAAAGAAGACCAGAAAUAAUACAUAAAAGUCGAAGGACAAGGUCGAAGACAGUUAAAGAAACGAACUCGAGUCGAAAAGUAUUGAGGUGCCGUUGAAAAGGUAAAAGCAUCCGCUCAACGACUCUCUCGAGCUGAACUAGACGUUUCGGACGUCGCAAUUCCAAAAUACACUUCAAAAUAACUCCAUUGAAAAUUAUUUAUAGGAAAUGGCAGCUAAAAAACUAGUUGCUGUAGACUUCGAGGUGUUUGGAAAGGUCCAGGGUGUGUUCUUUCGAAAGUAUACUGAGGAACAGGGAACCAAAUUAGGGUUACGAGGCUGGUGCAUGAACACUCGUCAUGGCACCGUGCAAGGCCAGUUACAAGGACCUGAGGGAAUGGUUAAAAUUAUGAAAGAUUGGUUAGAGAAGACUGGAAGUCCAAGCUCACGUAUCGAAAGAGCAGAAUUCAAGAAUGAAAAGGCUAUUGAAGACUACACAUUCUCUGGAUUUAACAUUAGGCACUGAAUAGGCUCUUCAUUCUGUGGUAUAACUUAUUUAUUUUCUAUGUAAUAGCGGAUUAUUAUGUCUUGCUCAAGUUAAAGACUAAUAUCAAUGGUACCUCUGUUAUCAGUGCAAAGAUGUGCUCUUCAUAUCCUUUUGAAUUGUGAUAUUUGUGAAACUGCUUUACUCAUAUGUCUUCUUACACAAAAAUUUCCUUUCUCCUUUCAUAUUAAAUGGUUCCAAUAACUAUUCUCUCACAAUUAUGCUUGUCACAUUGUACUAUCUAUUAUAGUACUGUGGUACUGUACACAAUAGGAAAUUAAAUUUUUGCUUAGCUGAAAAUAUACAGUUGAAUUAGUUUUUACAUAGACUUAUGUAAUAGGGAGAUAAGAAAAUAUUAAAUGAAUAAGAAAAUCAAGACUAUUACCUGGUAUAUUCAUUAAAAAAUUAUAUUGCAAUAUUUCACAAUAUUAAGUUUAAUAGUAACCCUAUACUAAUUCUGACAGCUUACCAGAUUAGUUUCUCUCUCUCUCUCUCUCUCUCUCUCUCUCUCUCUCUCUCUCUCUCUCUCUCUCUCUCUCUCUCUCUCUCUCUCUCUCUCUCUGCUGUUUUAUAUUAUUGUUACAUGUAAUAACACUAAAGAAAGCGUUCAUUAUACCAGAUGUAUCCCUUACCUGUUGAGUUCCUCAUAAUACAUUUUUUAUUGGUUCUCAAAAGCUAGUAAUAUAGGUUAAAUAAUAAUCACAUAGAAUGUUACAUAUAAUUUUAACUCUAUCUAUGUUCAUUCUCCAGAUAUUUGAAAAGCAAACCUGUUGGCUAAUUCUAAAAAUUGUAUAGAAUGUUACAUAUAAUUUUAACCCCAUUUAUGUUCAUUCUCCAUAUAUUUGAAAGGCAAACCUGUUGGCUAAUUCU